GAUGAUGUGAUGAUGUGGUUCGGUAAGGUUGAUACUAUAUAAUGUUGAAAGUUUAUAAUAUAUAUAGAGAGGGCAAGUUAAGUCAAGUCGAGAUAAUUUGUAUUAUUGUUAUUGUGAUUGUUAUUGUUGGUGAGAUAUCGAAUAUCGAAUAUCGAAUCUACAUCUCUGUCCAUCUAUUCAUAUAUUUGAUCAAGGACAGAAGAUCGAGUCAACGAGAAAAGAAACCAGCACUCGUCGAAAAAAUGACACAGCAGCAACCUCUUAUGACGCAUGGCGUGCCGGGGCCGGAAGUAAGUGCGAAGGAUAAGAUACUCGAGACGGGAGCAGGCCUCACGCAGGACUUCGCGCCGAUCAAAAAGAUUUGUGCGCAUUUGAAUGCGUUUCAUGUUUAUGUGGGAGAGGGGGAGGGGGAGGGGGUGAAUAGGAGGAGUGUUGAGGCGAAUCAUUAUUGUACGCAUUUGAGUGGGGAUGUUCGUCAAUGUCUCAUCUACGAUGCCCCAACAAGUCCUGCAAGAUUGAUUGGAGUCGAGUAUAUGAUCACCAGGAGAUUGUAUGAGAAAUUAGAUGAGGAGGAGAGGAAACUUUGGCAUUCGCAUGAUUAUGAGGUGAAAUCCGGAAUGUUAAUUCUCCCUAACCCCACAGUUCCAGAUGCAGUCUGGACAGUAGCAGAAACGGAAGAAAUGAAAGAGGUCAUUGGGUUGUAUGGGAAAACAUUCCAUUUCUGGCAGACGGAUAGGGGGGAUGAGUUACCGCUUGGAAUGCCGGUUUUGAUGGGGAGUUUUACGAGGGAUGAUCAGGUACCAUGGGAUAAAGUUAAAGAAAGAGAUGAGAGAUUCGGUGUUGAUACGGAGAAGAAAAGGGAAGCGAGAAAGGGGAUUGAGAGUGUGGAUAUUCAUGAGGAUGCUGAUCAGGUUUGGAAGAAGAAAUAAGGAUUGCGUGGUCAGAGAGAGGAAUGGAUUUGUUCUAUAUGGGUAUUUGAGACGAUGAUGUUGUGUUUGUUUUGUUGUUGGUUGAAAAAUCUAUGGCUCUGGAUGAGUGCUUGAUUUGAGGGUGGAUGGGAUAAAUACUUAUUAUUAUAUUCUAUCUCUACUUAGCACUAAUCAGGAAAUGAAUACUAUCA